AUGGCGGAAGUCUCCCAACCCAGGCGCUCAAGAAGGUUUUCCUUCACCUCACGACGUCCUCAGAGUGCAGUCGUCACAGAAGAGAUCAAAUCGCAGCCACCAGUAACCACCAUCGGCUUCCCAAUUGAUGCCCUACCGCUAAACUCCGAGACUCAGCAAGAGCGUCCGACGUCAUCAUGGAGAAACGCCUUCAGACGCUCUCAGUCUGUUGACCGGACCAACAGCAGAGCCCCGUCUGCAGAUCGUCGAAGUUCGCGCCGUCUAGUCAAGAAGCAGCCCGGAAAUGGAUCGCGCAGAGAUACGAGCGUAUCGUCACAGACCCCGACAUUGCCCAAUGUACCUCUACUAUCGAAUAUCUCCACGCACAUUCAAAGUCGGCGUGGAAGUGGGUCGAAUGACGCUAGAGACGAGGGAGUUGUGCCAUAUGCGAACCAACAGACUGCGCCAACCCAGCAAUAUGGCUUCGAUAGAAUUCGGAGUACCACAACGGCAAACACGCAGACAGAAAAACCAAAGAAUGAUCCUGCUCUGAAAGAUCUCCCCCCGGCACCAGCGACCCCUAUACUUCGAAGAGUUGGUAGUCCAUUCUAUCAUACAGCUGCUGAUAAAUCUGCCAUGUCAUUUAACCACGCGGCUCCUACCGUGGGUGUAGAGAAGAGACAAGGUAGUAUGGAUACUACCCAAGAUGAUGAUAUGAUCCCUGCAUCUCUACGAGUUGGCCGGUCGAAGACGGAGUCGGAGGGUCAGACUCGAGACAGGGCAUCAUCACCCAUGCAGGAAAAAUCGACCUAUCACAGUUUGCCUCGGUACAGUCCUUCAGAUGUUCCCGCACAACAGGCGAAUUACGACAGUAUCACGUCUCUCAUGGAGGCGGUAACCUUUCCAGAGACACCAAAUGCGCCUGAGCAAACUUAUCCAAGUGCAGUCGAGUCGGUCAACAAGCGCGAUGAACGAAUCAAGAAUCUACGCCCAUUGAAGACAAUGUCUCCUCGUCCACACCAUGAAAAAACACCAUCGUCGUCAUCAUCAUCAUCUUAUGGAUCAUCCACAUUCUCAGCAUUGGGCGAACCAGCAACGCCUAUCAGCUCGAAUGCCUCUACCACCAAUUUUGAAACGACAUCCAUCAGCACUACAAGCAAUACCAGCAAAAAGGAAAUUCCCCGCAACACAAUGUCUCCUAAACACGACAAAUAUCUGGCCAAGAUAUUUGUCGUCUGCUGCCAUUGCAAUUACUGGCACGAUGUACCGUCCGGCAUGUACGCACAGAUGGUGAUUCCAGAAUGUCUAUUAUUUUCUGGACUGCCAGAGCCCUCCAGUUCACGAUCCUCCAGAUCCUCUAGCCAGGCACGUUCGGCAAAAUCGUCAGGCUCAAAGCCGCAGUCCAUAUUCUCCGAGACAUCGUCCUCUUCAGGUCCGUCGUCGUCACCCAAGGCUACCGUCAAGUGUUCGUGGUGUAAGCAUGAGAUGGCCAAAUCGUGCUGUGCUAGUUGGACCACGAUGGUUCAUUUGAUUGAGAAGCAUCAUUAG